AUGGAAAACGCAUCACAUAUUUCAUCGUUUACACUUAUAGCAUUUGGAGAUAUGGGUAACAAUAAAUAUGUAUAUUUUGCUAUCACUCUCAUUGGGUAUCUUUUUAUAAUCAGUGUUAAUUCAUGUUUUAUUUUACUAAUAAUACUAGAGAAAAGCCUCCAUGAGCCAAUGUACAUCUGCCUCUGUAAUUUAUUUAUGAAUGCCCUCUUAGGAACUGUUAGCUUCUAUCCUUCAUUUCUGUAUCAUCUUCUUUCAGACACCCAAGUCAUUUCUUAUGAAUUUUGUUACACUCAAAUAGGUGUUAUGUAUACAUAUAUCAUGGGUGAAAUGACAAUUCUAACAGUUAUGGCCUAUGACAGGUAUGUAGCAAUAUACUUGCCAUUAAAAUACAACACUGUCAUGACAUGUACAAAACUGUACAGGUUAUUACUUGCAGCCUGGAUCUAUCCUGUUGUUAUGGUGUCAUUUGCACUCAUCUUUUCUCUGUCAGUUCCUUUAUGUGGAAACCAGAUUAAUAAAUUGUAUUGUCACAACUGGGAUGUUAUGAAGCUAUCUUGUGUAGACACAACUGUUAACAACAUUUAUGGAUUUUUGGUAUAUGCUUCAUUUAUUCCACUCUUUUCUUUUAUUGUAUACUCUUACAUUAAAAUACUUAUAGUAUGCCAUAACAGCUCCAAAGAACACAACAGGAAAGCUUUGCAAACCUGUCUUCCACAUUUAAUAUCAUUAAUCAGCUUUUAUGCUACUGUGUUAUCAGAAACGGUUCAAAGCCGAUUAAACCCUAAGAAUGUGUCAAACAUUGUACGCACAAUCACAUCACUGGAACUUCUAAUUGUUCCUCCUCUUUUGAAUCCCAUUAUUUAUUGCCUGAUUCUGCCUGAGAUCCGCUUCACUGAUCUCCUGUCAGUGGAAUUUCUAAUCGUCCCCCCUGUUUUCAAUCCUGUCAUUUAUGGUUUAAACCUUCAAAAGAUCCGGAACAAAGUUACAAAAUUGUGCAGCAGAAACAAAGUAAUUUAA